AGAGAGAGAGAGAGAGGGAGAGAGUCAAGUGCCAGAGAACGGGCCAGGGAAGUCUUGCCUCGUGAGCAGCGGGGGGGCUCACUCUUCAGUUCGACUGUUUCAACCCACGGGUGCACUUCAACCCACCAGCGCGCAUUAACGGAUUUUACCCUGUUCGAUGGGUUUGAAGGACAGGGGAUCAUACGACACAACCGCCUGCUGUGUGCAGGCAGUGAUAGUAACGGUGGAAAGCUACGAUCAUGCUCGCUUAUAAUGAUCGGAUAACUCUUAAGUGCUUUCAUAUCUGGCUGGCUCAGUUCCAUAAUUAAUACGAUAUUACGCUUUGCUCGGAUUUAAGUGCUUGUUAAUAAGCAAAAGUGACACCGUUUUUUUUUUCUGCAUCCUUCCAUCAAUAGCUGGGGAUUUAGCUAAAAUGCGGUUGAAAGGCAUAUUUUUACUCCUGUCUUUGGGAGCGUUCACCGCUUACUAUGUUUACCAGCCCAUUCCGGACGCGAUAGAGGAGAGAUGGAAACUCAUGCUGACCGACUGCUUCUUCAGAACUCUCAGCCACCUGGUAAAAAAUACUGCGAGAAUUGAUUAACAAUGACACAUUAUAUUAGUUUUUGAUUCGGAAAAUAUUUGAGGCUGAUUUAUUCUUGUUGAUGUAUUUAAUAUUGUUGUGAAUUUACUAUCAAAGAGGAAUCAUACUCAAAGUUACGCUUCUCUGAUAUGCGUAGGAGUCAUGCGUAAAACACAGAUAUUGAUAUAUAUAUAUAUAUACAUUUACGUUUUUAUGAGGUUUGACUGGAAUGAAAUGGUUAUUGGCCAGUCCUUUGGCAGGGUAAAUAGCCUAGGUACAUAGCCAAGUAGCAUAGUAAAUGGAUUCCGCUGAGGUUGUAUGACAGUUAGAGCAGAUUAUGUCAGACUGUAAUCCAGGUAUUGUAGUCCUGCUCACCUGUUCUAAUUAUAGACCCUGUUGAGAAAAUCGAUGCUGUAUUUAUGAACAGAAGAACACCAGAUUAGACGACUGUUUAUAUCCCAGCCUGAUUUAUCGAUUUAGAUAUGAUAUAAUUCAACAUUGUUCAAAGUAUUUAUUAUUUCUAAUUAUAAAAUAUUAUAUUAUACAGAGAAAAAAAAUUGUUAAUGCAGACUGAGUUCCCACCUAACUAGAUUUAUUCAUUAUUAUUAUUUGGAGAAGAAAAUUCUCAAUAUCCCCAUUGAACUGGGUCCAGAUAAAAAUGUUGUCCAGAGGAAUCAACUGAAAUAUUCUCUCCAAAUUAAUAUACAGUAUAAAAUCAGUCGUUAAGCAGACAAUAUUUCACUCUGUCCCGAUUGAGUGAAAGAAGUGAAACAAAUACAUUUUGAGUAUGGGGGGGGGGGGGGGGGGGGGGGGGUGAACCAGCGAUUUGUAUUACAUUUUAAAAAUUGAAUUAUCAACGGUCAUGCCUGUCUCUGUCCAACGGCAAGGAAUGAGCCUUUACUGACAUGUUUGGCCGGUGCAUGGCACGCCUUUAAAAAACAACAGGAAACCUUGACUGAAUGGAUUUUUUAGGAAAUGUAGUGUAAGAACGCAGAAAAGGCAAACGUCAUUUCAAAUCAUCUACCCAGGUUUACUGAUGCAACCGGUUGGCACAGACAGACGCUUUCUCAUCCUAUACAAGCUCACAGCAGAAUACUUAGCAUGUGAGGACUGGGCCUCUGGUGGACGGCUGGGACCUCUGGUGGAAAGCUGGGGCCCUCUACUCUAGAUCCCCUCUGGUGGACAGCUGGGGCCCUCUACUCUAGAUCCCCUCUGGUGGACAGCUGGGGCCCUCUACUCUAGAUCCCUUCUGGUGGACAGCUGAGUCCCUCUAAACUAGAUCCCCUCUGGUGGACAGCUGGGGCCCUCUACUCUAGAUCCCCUCUGGUGGACAGCUGGGGCCCUCUACUCUAGAUCCCUUCUGGUGGACAGCUGGGUCCCUCUAAACUAGAUCCCCUCUGGUGGACAGCUGGGGCCCUCUACUCUAGAUCCCCUCUGGUGGACAGCUGGGUCCCUCUAAACUAGAUCCCCUCUGGUGGACAACUGGGGCCCUCUACUCUAGAUUUCCUCUGGUGGACAGCUGGGUCCCUCUACACUAGAUCCCUUCUGAUGACAGCUGGGGCCCUCUACACUAGAUCCCUUCUGAUGACAGCUGGGUCCCUCUACACUAGAUCCCCUCUGGUGGACAGCUGGGUCCCUCUACACUAGAUCCCUUCUGAUGACAGCUGGGGCCCUCUACUCUAGAUCCCCUCUGGUGGACAGCUGGGGCCCUCUACUCUAGAUCCCUUCUGGUGGACAGCUGGGUCCCUCUAAACUAUAUCCCCUCUGGUGGACAGCUGGGGCCCUCUACUCUAGAUCCACUCUGGUGGACAGCUGGGUCCCUCUAAACUAUAUCCCCUCUGGUGGACAGCUGGGUCCCUCUACACUAGAUCCCUUCUGAUGGCAGCUGGGGCCCUCUACUCUAGAUCCCUUCUGGUGGACAGCUGGGGCCCUCUAGUCUAG